AUGAACACCUUGCUGAACUGGCAAACGCCGUCAGCUCCUGAACCCCAGUACGUUCAUAGACCGACAUAUGCGGUUAACGAGGAGCCACCGACCGAGUUGGAGGUUCUAGUCUGUAUUCAAAAAAAGAACAAUGGUAAACCUGGUGGAGAUGAUGGGAUUAGCGCAGAAAUGUGCUCCUUAACUGAUCUCGAGUAUGCCGACGAUGUUGUUAUUUUCGCGAAAAGCACUACGAAACCUCAACAUGAUGUCAACCUUGUAUCGAAGUUGGCUGCAGCCUAUGGAUACGUCUACGCUCUGGAAAGAGUAGACGGUGACGUACCGGAAAGCUACUUUGAAUGUUUGUCGCAAUUUAACCAUGUGCUCACAAAAACGCUCAAAUGUACAUAUGAAGCUGUCGGAACAGGAUGCACGAGUAACGAAAAGAAUGUUCUGAGCAAAAGGAACUUCACAUUGUUUGAAGAAAUUUUCUUGAAUGACUUCCAUGAGAUUGCGGAGAAAGUUGAUGUGGCCCACGCUUUCAAAACCAAAGCUGCUGAGGACAUGAGCCGCUGCCUACUGAGCUGCUUCUACCCGGCCGAGAACAUGUGCACCCGAUUACUGAUGUGCGGUGUGUUCAUGCCGAACGAACUUCGUCUCCUGGAUAACCUCACUAAGUGUGCGCUUAAGAGCGAUGUUUCAAGAGGAAUCAUGAUGGAGAUUGCCACUUGCAUGACUAGUGUUGUCGAAACACCGAGGACGACGACUACAGCGUUAACUGAAGAAUAA